GAUAGGGAAUUCAGUUUGAGUUCGGUUAUCAAUGAGCGAAGUACUUUGAAGGAGCUAUUGAUUGUGGAAGCAAAAUAGUCGAAAAAUACUAGUGAUGAAACAGAUUGUUGUUCUCGGAGCCGGAGUUAACGGGCUAAGUGCGGCCGUCCAGUUGGCUGAGUAUUACUAUAAUGUGGCCAAAGUGACGCUGAUUUCUGAGGACGUGACUCCCAACACAACCGGUGAUGUCUCGGCGGGGCUGUGGGGUCCUUACUAUUGUGGCAAAACUCCGGAUCAUAAAAUUGUAAAAUGGUCCGCAGAUACACAUGUCUUCUUCCACCAGCUAUGGAAGAACGGACUAGCCUCCCCUCUCGGAAUCAGCCUGCAGCCCUGCACCAGACUCACAACGGAUCCCAAUGGCUACCCGGAACCCUCCUGGAAGGACAUCGUCUUCGGGUGCGUCAAACUGUCCCAGAAAGAGCUGGAACGAUUAAGCUAUGAGCACGGUCGAAACUAUACCGGUGGUUACCAUUUCGCGACCUUCACGUGCCAACCGAUGGGACUGCUGCCGUAUCUGUUCAACCGGUUCAUCAACGUGGGCGGAAAGUUUGUCCAGGCCAAGGUGAACAGUAUCGAAAGUAUUCUGAGUGGCCGGAAGGUGGACUUGAUCGUCAACUGUACCGGACUGGGCUCGAUGAACAUGUUGGGCGACAAGGAAAUGCUGCCCAUUCGGGGACAAAUUGCGCGCGUUUGUGCACCGUGGGUGUUCGAGAUCAUCCUGGACGAUAGCGACGACGGGAAUUAUGUGAUUCCAAACACCGAAACCGUGAUAUUGGGUGGAACCCACCAGAUGAACGAUUUCAACCGAAACGUUAAUAAAGAUGACAGCAAAUUUAUCUUCGACGGAUGCGAACGAAUGCUGCCAAGUCUGAAGAAUGCAAAGUUGGUACAGGAGCAGGUUGGCUUGCGGCCCGGUCGCAGUACUGUUCGGCUGGAGUUGGAGCACUACAAAGCAGGUAAUUUAACUGUGCCAGUCAUCCACAAUUACGGCCAUGGCGGAUGUGGUGUAACGCUAGCGUGGGGAUGCGGAGCAGAAGUCUUGGAGAUCAGCCAAAAACUUGACUUGGAUGUGGAUUCCAAAUCCAAACUGUAAAACCUCGGGCGUGUUCGGAUUCAGUCAACUUACGCAAAGGACUUCGUAUGAGAUUGUUCGCCUACACAUACACACAUAUAUUCCUUACAAUAUAGCAUAAUUAUAAGUUCAUAAAAGAGGAAAUCCUAAAACAUUGACAGUUUGCGUAUCACUAUCAGGUGGAGAUAUACUCAACUCGCACCAUUUGAAACAGAA